AUGAUCGGCAAGCAUGCGAAGUGUCUAAUCCAGUGCAUCCAGCGCAAGGUAUUGAAACGGCGAACAACAAUGCCGAGACGCAAGAAAAUAGAUAGCGUGGAUGAUUUACAAGAAAAGCUGGAAACCAUUGUGAUCGGUGAUGCUCCAGUCCGCAAAUCUGAACCAAAUCAAUCACACUACAAGUCAUGGCAAGAGAUCAUUGACUCAGAAGGUACAAUUGGAAAUAUUUUGAUGAUUGAACGUGGUUCAUUGGUCUUUUUAUUCGUUUAUGAAAAUGGUAAGGCAACAUACCAGGAAGUAAUCGAACGUCAAUUCAAACAUGCCUGUACAAGUGCUGUCCAUGAUUUUUGUCGCUCGGGACCACAGUGUCAAUAUCAAGAAAGUGGCACAUGUAGAUAUGGUCGAAAUCAUAAUGCAAAUAUCUUUAAUGAUUUAUGUUCGAAGAUGAAGUAUCCCACACUUGAGCAGAACCAUGAUUGGCAAGCAUGCGAAGUGUCUAAUCCAGCGCAUCUGCCUCAUUAUCAUUCUAUAUUUUUACUGGAAAAAAAGUAUGAUCCAAACUCCGCAGAAGCAAGAGAAUUGACUUGUCCAUUAGAUGGUGAUCAAUUUCUUUUUAAUUAUACCGAUCAAAACACUGUUGGGCUUUAG